GUCAAACAUUCACUGCUGUGUUCACUGAGGUCAAAUACAUCCAAGCCCAUAGAUCUGCUUUGAAACAACUAAGAGAACUACCUUUCAGGAAUUUAUCUCCUGAGAAAAAGCCAUCAACUACUUAUAUUGGAAAAGCAAUAGACAUUUCGUACUUGAUUGAAAGUGCAGAUGUUGUGUCAAGGACUCUGAUCGGUAAUGAAGGAUAUGAUCUACGCAUUGGUGAGACGCAGCUGGUUAAAGAACGUCAGAAACGCUUUUAGGAUAUCCUUUGGGAAUGAUCUUUAUCAGAGUGGAAAACAGAAUAAGGUUCUAGUGCCUGUAAGAGAGCUAGAGUCCUAUGAUGGAGUUAAAAUUUUCAAAACUCGUUUGGAGAAUGGUCAAUGGUCGGUGGAAAUCGUGGAGGUUAGACUCCUUUCAUUCGGAUACCCCCAUGACAGCAUACGUCUCGUUCCAGGUCUUACAUUCGAUACAUUCAAUGACAUAAGAGAUCCAAGUGAUGUAAUCAAGUACACGUUAGACAAUGAACCAUCAUUGCUGAAAAAGUCAGGCGAGGAAAUGGUUCAUAUUAUGGGCGCUGGAGCUGAGAAAGGCUUGAAUGUGAGGGACACAAGACCGAAUGAUGCCGACUCCCGACCUAUAAUCAAGCAAAUCGGCCCCGGAAGUCAUUCAAUCAAAUUCAACCUUGGACAUGUUUCUCACAUUGGAAAUGCUAAUGAUAUUGCUGAUUGUGACGUAUUGCAGACGGGAAGCUACUCUUCUGAUAAGAUUCUGCCAGCUUUCACAAUAAUUGAUCCACAGCAAAAUGAAAAAGUUAUCUUAACUUCUGGCGCUAGAGCUGUUCAUGACAGAGUUUUCAAUGAUCUCUCAGCAAAAAUAUGGAAAUGCACUAUCAGAGGUGUGGCACAACAGAGUACACAAUUCCUAAGGGUUGUCUAUGACCAUACCCUGAAGACGAACUCUGAAUAUGACAUUGGGACAGUUAAGCAUCUGCAAAGAGACGAGGUUUGGUUGGAAGUUGAAGAUGGCCAACCUGUGGUCAGAGUGAGAGAGACCAAAUACCUUGAUAUUGACAAUUAUCAAGUUCUCAACUACCAGGGAUUACAUCUGUUGAUGCCAGAGCUGAGUUCUGAAUGGAAAAGUGGUACUCAAAUAAUUGAAAACUAUCAAAAAAUCUCAGACACAGUCAUUCAGCGCGAAUUGAUGAGAGAUAUUGAAUAUUUGGAUGAUUUGCCUCAAUCUCUAAGUAUCACGUCCUCAUCAAAUAUUAUCAUUACCAUUGACACGAGAUGGCAGAAAACGUUUGGAAAUGCUGGAAUGACAUUGACAUGUCAAGAAGACUUAUCAAGAAAAUUUACCCUGCCUGGGCUUGAAACUAAACUGAGAAUAAACACCGAAGAAGGAAACAUUUUUGAAACAUUCUUUAAACAAAUAUCAACCCAUUUUUGGAUAUGUACCGACCAAACUAAUGGGAAUGAUAUUGUGAGAGUCCACCAUCAAUUUUUGGUCAAACAUGAUAUGCUUUACAGAAUCGAAGAAAUUUGCUAUUUUUAUGGAGUAACUAUUUUUGCUGGCAUAUUAAAGGAACAAACUGAAUCUCACACUACUUAUGAGAUAAUUGUCAUCAAGUAUCAUGAGAAUGGCGCAAACUACCCUAUUGUGAAAUAUGAUGGUAAAUUGACCUUCAAGGACGGUUCAAUACUUCCUCUACAAGCAAGUGGAUUGAAUGAACUAUAUGGAGUGAGAGAUGUACUCUAUCCAUCGGAUUUCAAAGUCGUCUACAGAAAACAGAUCUCACAAAUAGGCUACUCUAUACAGAUUUUGCUAUUCUUUGCUGGAUACGCCGAAUCACCAAUGGAUGAACAAGAACUGAUCAUUAAUUGUAAAGCGUUUGAUAUAGGAAAAGUGUCUCGGGAUGGUAUCAGACCGAUGAUAAUGUGGAAUCGGAAUACAGAUGGAAACGGAUCUCCUACUCGCUCAUUAAUGACACAACAACAACUCGACCAGUGUUUCGAUCAACAUUUCGAUAUUCAAAUUUGUGGGAUGGUUUUACUAGACCUGUUCCUGCUGCAAACUAUGAGGGAGCAUUUCGAGAGAUAAAUUAUAUGCCUGAUAUGAUUCGAAUCACGAAUGUAACACAUGGAUCCGAGUAUGGCAAUACUUAUGAGAUAGGCUCAAGAUGGGAAUACGAGCUAGAAGCUACUGCUGACGCGGUGAAUUGCGGAAAAUCUGUGGGUAGAGACUAUAAUGAAAAUUAUGCUACUAAAGUCUCAUUUGUAAAAGAUAAAAAAUGGACUGUAAUAAGCGACUUGAGAGGUUCAGGACAUUUCACCAAUGUACAACAGACAAUUUAC